AUGCCCAGUGCCAUCUUUCAUCGAAGUAGCUUUCUAUCGAUUGGUUUUGCUCUUUCUCCAAUCAGUUGUGAAAAUAGUUUAUUUUUUCUACAUAUAUAUAUAUUUUCCAAUAAGUCACAUCUUGAUGAAUAUGACAGAAAUGCCACGCGAAAAAAAAUUGCUUCGGAGUGGUUACUCAGUGUACAAUCAUCGCUCUAUGCAUGGACACUUGCAGACCAGUUAAUACGAAGAAAUCAAAAUUCAGAAGUUACAUGUCUCUCAGCUCAAAUCCUUCGACAUAAGAUUCAACAUAACUUCGAUGAACUUCCUAUUGAACAUUGUAAAGGAUUAUGCGAUUCUCUACUUGAUCAUUUAUCUCGCGCCGAACUCACUCGUAUUACAACAGUGCGUGUUCAAUUGGCGGUAGCCACGGCUGAUUUAGCUCUUCAAUAUGUUGGCUGGGAAAACCCAGUUGAAGAUGUUGUCGAAAAAUUGAAAACCUCACCUGAACAUAUGUUGACAUUACUGGAAUUUCUUACCGCACUACCCGAAGAAGUCAAUACAUCAACGAUACGAAUCGGUGAGAAUCGUCGUCAAUAUUGUCGAGAGAAAUAUUCGAACUCUGGCCAACAAAUUCAUGACAUAUUAAUCUUUCUUCUUCAAGUUAAUUCAACACCAACUGAAUCAUUGUUUACUGGCAUUCUCAAAUGUUUUGCAUCGUGGAUAAGUAUUCGUGCAUUUACUGAAAAUCUGUUGUUAACGUCGCCAUUACUUAACAGUGUAUUGGAUAUUCUUAAAUCAACACAUUGUUCGAAUGAAUUACAUAAAAGUGCUUGUGAUUGUUUAUGUAACAUACUGGAAUUGUGUGAGGAGUAUCAAAAAUAUUGGUCAUUAGCAGUCUUUCUCAAACAACAAAUUACUCAGUAUCUAUGUCAAUCGUACUUUCAAGCUGUUAAAGAUGAAAAUCUCGAUAAAGCACAAAAUUACACCCGAAUUUAUAUCAAUCUCAUUGAAUCUAUCCUUGAUUGUUUGAUCGAUGGUCGUCAAUCGGAUCUUAGUGAUCUGUCUUGUCUUCAUCUAUUACUCUACCCAUUAGAACAUAGUGAUUACGAAGUUGCCCAAUCCACAUUCUACACAUGGUGUAGUUUCGCGGAUUACAUCAAAACGCACAACGAUGAUAUGGUUGAGAAGAUAAAGCCUUAUAUGGAUAAAUUAAUCGAUAUUUUAUGUACACAAUGCAAACUUGAUCCCGAUCAUCUGGGUGUUCCGCCAGAAAGUGAUGAGAAGAGUUCGAAAAGUCAUGCAGCAUCAAACAGUGACCUCGGCGAAUUUCGUUAUCGCGUUGAAUGUUUAAUCAAAGAUACAAUUCAUAUAACCGGUGCUUUAAAUUGUUUUCAACGAAUGUUUGAAAAAUUGCAAUCAUCAUCGUCUUCGUCAUGGGAAGAAAGUGAAGCUCCAUUGUAUAUAAUGAGUUGUGUAGCUUCGUAUGUAUCACCGGAUGAAGAUAAAAUCGUUCCGAAAGUUAUUCAAGCCAUUAUAUCGACGCCAAUCGAACCAGGGCAUAUCCAUACAGCAUUAAAAUACACAGGUGUUCGAUUAAUUUCACAAUUGGAUCAAUGGAUCGGUGAAAAUAAUCAACAAUAUUUAAAAUCAGUUCUUCAGUAUCUUCUAUCGUUACUUGGAGACAAAGAUUUGCGUCAUGUUUCCGCCAAUGCUAUUUUAAACAUUUGCCAAGAAUGCCGAAAGCAGUUGAUCAAUGAUCUGGAUCAAAUCAUUCAAGCAACUCUCUGGUUAGAUCAAAUGGAAGCAGGAAGUGAAGCCGCGCAAUGUUUACUCAAAGGUUUAUACGCUGCUUCGAAUAAAACUGCAUUCUAUUUUGCUAUUCUAGCUUCAUCAAAGUUGAUUUCUCGUUUAACAUCAACAGACGAUAUUCAUCGAUAUUUGAAACUACUCUUCGAUCAACAAAUCCAAUCAUUAACAGAAAUUCUAUCCAACCCGACGAAUUCUAAUUAUACAUCGAUUACCAAACGUCUCGAUUGUUUGACAGCAAUUUUCCGAAGUCUCGAUUUCAAAACCGCACAUAGCGAACCCCACCCGUGUACAACUAUUGUUCAACAAUUACUACCAUUGCUCGAAGUAAUCAUUGUUCGAUAUCGUUCAUUGCCGAAACUUAGCGAAUGUUGGUCGCGCACAAUUCGUUUCAUUGUUCGAUCAAUGCGUUCACAUGCCAAAAUAUUCUUUCAGCAGAUCGUUACACUCGUUAUUUCCAGUUAUGAGGAAGUUCCUCAUUCAUGUUUUCUUUACUUAAUUUCAAUCAUUGUCGAUGAAUAUGGUAGUGAUCAUGAUCUAAAAGCUGCGUUGAUCGUGAUGAGUGAACAUCUGACAAAUAAAACAUUUUCCAUUCUAAGUAAUCAAGAUGGUUUCAAACAGAAUCCCGAUCUUGUCGAUGAUUUCUAUCGAUUAUCAUCCAGAUUGCUUCAACGAUGUCCACUAGAAUUCCUUAAAUCGAAUGUCAUUCGGCCAAUAAUCGAACAAAUCAUACCUAAUUGCAAUUUGGAACAUCGAGAUGCUAGUGCGAGUAUGAUCGCUUUUCUUCAAUCUUUAGCCAAACUUACUUCGACAAGUAAAAAGGAGAGCAAAAAUAAGACCGAGCAUCAACCGGAAAUUCGUUCGUUGGCAAUGUCACUAUGUGAAACGUAUUUUCCCAAUGUUCUGACGGGUUUGAUUCGCGCAAUUGUUAUCGAUCGUGUGCCAUCAUCAAUCCGUGGAUCGAUAUCAGAUUUUGUUUAUGACUUGAAAACUUUCAUGUCGGAGAAAUUUUCCCACUGGUUACAAACAGCUCUUCGAGAAAUUCCGCGUACAAGUAAAAAUGGAUCAGUGGAAAUUGUCACCAUCAAACAAUACGAACAGUUCUAUAACGUUCUGUGCGAAAACGACAUUCAACCUUCGGCAAUUGAAUAUGAAUUUGAAACAUUUGCCAAACUAUAUCGAUGA